GCGCCGCGGGUGCGCGAGCGCAGAAUACCGCACGUCGCCACACUGUUCGCACGGCUGCACUGUAUACCGUAUGCCGGGCCAUCGCGCACACGCAUCGCAACUGAAGUUAUUAAAACCAGUGUUACAUUAAAUAUACUGUACGUGCAAACCCACCCACCGGAUUAAAACUUCCAGAUCAGGUAUUUUAGUGCUUGUGUCUUGUGUGCAUAAUUACAUGGGAACGGGUUUUCUAAUUUUACAUCGCGAAAGUGUUUGAAUCGUGUCUAGUGGUUAUACCGGAGUUUCAAGAAAACACACUAGGUCGGACUUCAAAAAUGGCGCAGUACCAGUCAUUAUGUUUGUUUGUCACUGUUAUAGGUAUCGGACUAUGUCACAGUCAGAGCACAGAACCUGUAGAAACAACUAGAUUAGAAGAGAACACUCUUCCCAGUCUAGGAAGAGAAGUAGAAGACAACAGCCGAUACAAAACUCUAGAAGCGAACGCCACGCUAUUGAAGCUGCUUGUAAACGAUAAACAGGGAGUUAGCAAAACGGAAGUGUUCGAUAUGCUGCACUCUCGUGAUGAUGACCAGGACCAUAUAGAUCUGCCAGUAUUUCCAGAAGACACUGAAAACUCACGAGCAGAAGUUCCUGCGACACCUGAUUCCCAAGUUGAAUUUUUGCAAGCUGAAACUGCGACUGUCCGCAAAGACUCUAUGGCGAGACGGUACUCGGCAGCGCGCGGGGAACCAGUCGGCACAGCGGCGGGCAUCAUGGUAGUGAUCACGUGUAGCAUCGUAUGCCUCGGCUAUACUGGACUAAUCGUUUGGAGGAGGAUAUAUAUGAAAAGAAAUGGACUAAAGCAUGAACUACUAAGAAACGAAGAAAAUAUUGCUGAAACGCGAAUUGAAUUGUGAAAACUUCAUUGCCAGCGGUUAUACUCCAGUAUCGUGGAUAUUCUUACAAAGUGACACGAAUGAUAUAGCUCUUCAUAGUACCUACAGCAGAGUCACGUGAAAUACAUAAACAUUUCUGCAUUGUUUUUUAUAGCAAACAAUGAAAGUGAUAAAAAAUCAUCUCUAAAAUACUUAGUAGUAUAGAGUUUAUAUAAUCUACUAUUAUUGUUGCUGUACUAAAGUUUUAAAUGUACUUUGAAUUGCUUUUAAACGUAUCUUAUUUCGUUUCAUACGCGAUCAACAAAAGACUGAAUUUUAUUAGAUAUUCUAUAUAAAAAAAUGUUCACUAAUAUGAAUCUUGAAGCCUGUUUGAUAUAUUUGUUAAAAAAAAUUAUAGCCGUGUUUAUAAAUUGUGCACUAAACUUAUGCACUAGAAAAUAACUUGCCAUACUUAUAAGAAAGUUCAACAGUUAUUCAUUAGGUUAAUGUUUGAAAACAUUUGUAAUUGUCUAUAAUGUAACUGAUUACAUACUAGUGUUUAUGUUAUAAUACACGUGGAUGUAAAACGUUAAAGCUAGAAACAACGAAAAAACCGUUACAAUCACUUUGCAAUAUGUAUACAUGUUUGUAUUUUAUAUAUAUUUUUAAUAGGUGUUGUGGGUGACCAUGGGCGGCGGUAGUCACUUACCAUCAGUUGAGCCGCAUGAUCGUUUGCCCCCUGUGUUGUAAAAAAAAAAAUAUUUUUUUAAACGAAAAAUAGUUAUCACUUUUCAUUCAACGUUUCGUUAAAAAUAAGAUCAUAUGUUUGCCUUAAAAUAUCUACCUAUCAUGAAACUUGCUUAAAAAUUCACAGAAAACAUUGCGCCAUGGGACUACAAUACUUUAUUAUUAAGAGUAUAUUCAUUUAUCUACGUUACCAAGUGAUUUUCAAUGUUUAAAAUAUUAUAUUUUAAAUAUUACAAAUCACUUGAAGUUAACCUACUAGUCUUAAUAAUUAUAUGAUGGCUAGCGUAAGUAAACUCUGUAAGGACCUAUAACGAUAUUAUUCUUUUAUGGUAUGACAUUAUAUUAGUAAAUAUAACGAUUUUGUUAAUUUAUGGGAUUAGUGUGUUAAAUAAGUAACAGAUAAUGUCAUAUAAAUAAAUGAAUCACAAUUAAAUGUGCCAUAAUAGAUUCCUCUAGGAAAUUAUUACCGUCGCAAUGGCGCUGCGACUCCAAAUAAUGUAAAUAGGUACUGUAUUUUAACUCACACCAUAUAAAAGUAUAAUUAUUAUUAUAACUAUAAUUUUUAAACACUGAUAACAAUACAAAUAAACUUAUUUUUCUAUAGUAUUUACAUCGUUGAUAAUUGGUGGCGCCACUGGACCGGUCAUUGGCCAUUUUAAUGACGAAGUUUAGGAAAUAUCUAAACGAUACUUUAGUUAUAUGUAUUGAUGAUUUGUAUGUAAGUAUAGAAUAUAAUUGGCAUGUUGAAAUGUUAUUUAUUUAUAUUUUAAAGUCGAACAUGUCUGUGAUGUGAUUACAUAAGGAGCCAAUAUUUGGUAAAUAAAAUUGUAAGAAAUUAUCAA